UUUUUGUGCUGCGUCCGCUAUAAAGCCUACGGUCGCCUGUUCCCCUCUCCGACGCUCACAAUCGAAGAAGAGAAAGAGGGGAGGAUUGCGAAGGAGUUGGGUGCGGAUCCAUGGAUUUACAGCUGAGCGAUCUCGAUCGGUUGGUGUUAUUCGAGCAGGAGCGCCAGGCGGCCGAGUUGGCCUGCACCGCCAACCCCCGUGAUGCCGAUAAUCUCACGAAGUGGGGGGGUGCGCUUCUGGAUCUAUCAUCUUUUCAGAAAAACCCCGAGGAUAUGGUGAAAGAAGCCAUAAUGAAACUGGAACAAGCCUUGGAGGUGGAUCCUGAAAGGCAUGCCACACUAUUCAUCUUGGGGAAUGCCCAUAGUCAGCAAGGGUUCUUCAACCCUAAUGAACAGGUUUCUUUGGGUUGCUUUGACAAGGCAACUCAAUGCUUCGAGCAGGCUGUGAAAUUGGACCCUGGAAAUGAGAUGUACCUGAUGUCAUUGGAUUCAAUAAGCAAGGCACCGGAGUUGCGCCAAGAAAUCCAAUUCCAUAUGACUAAUCAACAGGUUUCCCAGGAGACAGCUUCCCCUGUCAGAAAGAAGGCGCCCAAGGAGAGUGAUAUGAAGUAUGAUAUACUUGGCUGGGUAAUUCUUGGGAUAGGAUUUGCUGCAUGGAUUGGAAUGGCUAAAUCACAUCCUCCUGCUCCUCCUCCUCCUCCAAGAUAAUACAUGUAAAGAUGUAGAGCUUCUGACCUCCUAGUGAGUCGAACAUUCUCUGAUACAUAACAGAUCACUCAGCAAUGAUUUUGGUAGCAAAUUUGGACCAGACUAUACAGCUUUAUAAAUCAGUGUAUUUGAACUUUUUUUAAAAAAAAAAAAAACAGAGCCCUGGAAUAUCAACUGCUUAAAA